CCAGCCAGUCAGUCCGUUAAGAGAAACCACUGGCGAGACUUUUCAGACAACAGCACGGGACGGGACUAUCGGUUAAAAAAAACCCCGAGCCGGUGAUGUGGAGUCGGCAACCGAAGGACAGCACCAACUGAGCCCGAGGACCGUGAGGGGGAAACAACCGAGCGAAGGGAGCUGUCAUUUUUAACUUAGCGUGUCCGCCGGCUCUGCUCUUCAGUCAGACUACAGACACUCGCCCGCUCUCUGGCUGGCUGGCUGGUUAGCUUACCCCGCUAGCUGCUCGGCUAACACCCACCGCUCCUCGCAGCUCUUCUCGCCGGGAGAAACUGCACCUGUCCCGGCUGUCAGCUUCACAGUAUCCUCUUAUAAACUUCAAACAAUGUGCUGCUCGGUUCUGAAUGACUUUUUACGCCCGAGGGGGGGUUUAACUUACACUUUGCCAAGCGACCAUUGAUAGCUUAACAGCCCAAGCUAACAAGUUGACGUGGAGGAGGAACUCGAAUUUUUUUUCUUUUUUUUUUUGGAUUGUCGAGAUUGUUGAUGUUCUCCAAGCUGUGAUUUCAUACGGAUUAUUAUUUUUUUGCCAACACCGAGGUGGACUUUUCUCUUUGGUGAUCCCAAACAAAUCGUCCAGGUUACAAACCAGCCAGUUAGCUAUGUUUAUUUGUGGCCAGAAAGUAAUUUCAAGUGUUUACAAAUUCCACAGUGGGACUCUUUCCUGGUUCGAGUACUGCAACGGAAACAUUAGCUAACACAGACUAGCUCAGAUUAGUGUCGUCGUGUUUUGUUUACUAGAUAGAUAGUCGGAAUAAACUGUUGCCAAACAAUUUAACUACAAAAGGAAAGCUGCAAACCAGCUGCGGAUUGUGUAAAGCCAACCACAUAUUCUUAUACCUGCAGUAGUUUUUUUUGCCACCAGUGAUCUGACAUUUCUGCCGGUUUUAUACGCACCUGGAAAAAGAAAAAAACUUAACACAACAGUGGGUGUCUGAUCGCAACCAUUUACCUCCACUUGACAGGGAAGUCACGUUGAGUUGUGUCCCGCAGGGAGUUGAUCCAUUGAUCGGAUCGUUAUCGUGCUAUUUUAGCUGAUUGGGGGGAAAAAGCAGAGAGAGCGAAAGAGAAAUAGAAACGAUGUCGGGCCAAUCUAUCACGGAUCGGAUCGCUGCAGCGCAGCACAGCAUGACCGGGUCGGCUAUCAGCAAGGCUGUGUGCAAAGCCACCACACAUGAAGUCAGCGGACCCAAGAAGAAACACCUUGACUAUCUGAUCCACUGCACCAAUGAGAUGAACGUGAACAUUCCCCAGCUGGCAGACACGCUGUUUGAGCGCACAGCCAACUCCAGCUGGGUGGUGGUCUUCAAAGCCCUUAUCACCACCCACCACCUCAUGAUGUAUGGCAACGAGCGUUUCAUCCAGUAACUGGCCUCCAGAAACACUCUGUUCAACCUGAACAACUUCCUGGAUAAGGGAGCUCUGCAAGGUUACGACAUGUCAACCUUCAUCAGACGAUACAGCCGUUACCUGAACGAGAAGGCCAUGUCCUACAGACUGGUGGCUGUGGAUUUCACCAAGAUGAAGCGGGGGAUUGACGGUGUGAUGCGCACCAUGAACACAGAAAAGCUGAUCAAGACGCUGCCCAUCAUUCAGAACCAGCUGGAUGCUCUGCUGGAUUUCCAGGCCAAUCCUAAUGAGCUGACCAACGGAGUGAUCAACUCAGCCUUCAUGCUGCUCUUCAAAGACUCCAUAAGGCUGUUUGCUGCUUACAAUGAAGGGGUCAUCAACCUAUUGGAGAAAUACUUUGACAUGAAGAAGAACCAGUGUAAAGAUGCUCUGGACAUCUACAAGAAAUUUCUUUACAGGAUGACGAAGCUGUCAGAGUUCCUCAAAGUGGCCGAGCAAGUUGGAAUAGAUCAGGGUGACAUCCCAGAUCUCUCACAGGCCCCCAGCAGCCUCCUGGAGGCUUUAGAGCAGCACCUUGCCUCUCUGGAGGGCAAGAAGACCAAGGAGCUGAAUGCAGACACCAGAGCGUCCACCCUCUCCAGCGCCGUCUCGUCUCUCUCUUCCACCGGCAUGUCCUUCAGCCGCAUGGACGAGAAGGAGAAGCAGCAGGCCCUGGAGGAGGAGCAGGCCAGACUGCAGGCUCUCAAGGACCAGCGCCUGAAGGAGAUCAGCAUGCAGACUCCGCCCUCUGCCUCCCCCAGCAGCCAGUCGAUAGGCCUCGCCAACAACAACCACAUCACACAAACCCCAGAGUUGUUCAGCUCCACGCUGUCUGCCAACAGUGUGCCCAAUCUGAACAGUGACCUGUUUGAUCUUCAGCCGGCCUUCAUCCCCGCUGUGCAGAGCACUCCUUCGAUCUCCACCGCCAACAGUGCCUGGGGAGGAUUGGAGAGCCAGCCUCUGCAGCAGACCGCACCAGCAGCCAUGACUGUAGAUUUCGAUGCUGUGUUUGGGAAUAAUGCCGCACCCAGUAACAACGGCCCACAACCUGCAGCCGGUUUUGAUGCUCUAGGAGACCUGUUGAAGCCUACAGUUCCCACACACACCGCACCUCCUCCUCCUCCUCCUCAAAUGGCCAUCCAUCCUGGAGGAAAGCUGCUAGCCAACGACCUCGACUCCUCUCUGGCCAACCUCGUGGGCAAUCUGCAGUUUGGUGGGACCCCAGCCAAGAAGCCAGAGAUGCAGUGGAACCAGCCUGGAGAGAAGAAGCUGACAGGGGGCCAGAACUGGCAGAAUAAGACCAUGUCGACCACACAGUGGAGCCCCGCGCCCGUGGCCCCACAGCCCAUGCCUGUACAACACGUGGCUCCAGCUCCCAUGGCUUUCCCCAUGACCACACCGCAAGUGCCUGUGUAUGGAAUGGUCCCUCCCCAGAUGGGUCAGAUGGGCGGGGUACCAGUGAUGGCUCCUCAGCCAAUGAUGUACAACCAGCCUGUUCUCAGACCCACCAACCCCUUCGCACCCAUGCCCGGAGCCCAGAUGCAGUUUAUGUAAUCCAGUCAGGGGGGAAGCAGAGUGCCAAAAGCGACAAACAAACAAACAAACAAACAGCAGAAGAAAACACACAAGAGGAAUGAUCGGAUGGACGGAGGAAUGAUUUGAUCGAGCUGAAAUGACUAAGAGACAGACAGACGACAAGAUAACCAACCAACACCAAAAAACAAGUUGGAAAGAGGAGAAGAUGACCGAGCAGAGGAUGGAGGGAUGGCAGGGUGGAGGGAUGUGGUGGGGGAUGUGGUCGUCCUGGCUGGUCUUUGUCUGAAACAACUCCUUGCUUUUGUGUGUGUGUGUGUGUGUGUGUGUGUGUG